AGAUAUACUCAUUGUGUGAAGCAGCUCGUCCUGAUCUUAAUUGCAUUGUAGUGAAGUUGUAAAUGCAAUAUUAGUGUAUUCAGUGUUUACCUUGUUGUCUGCAUAGAAAUGUUAUUUCAUUUGUGCUUUUUCUUCAUUGCCGUCAUACAAUAUUUUGCUCUCGCUUGUGAGAAUUUACAGUGCCAAGGACCCCAGUACUACAGAAGUAACUGCUGUGAGGGUUACGUCUGCGUCCCCAGGCGUGGCAUCUCAGUGCUGGUAUGUGUCAACCAGAGAGAAAGAUCCAGAGUGCUGAACUUUGAUGAGGUCCUGAAGACUGCGAAUGAUUACGCGAAGAAGAAAGCAAAAAAAGAGCGCAUGAACUAUGAGAUGGACACGGCUAGUAAUAUUGGAUUCCAGCAGGAAGACCUGCGUAGGGGAUUCCUACCUCCAAAGACUUACGGAACUAAUCAUCUCCAAAAUCCAAAAAUAUUUGACAAUAAUCGAUUUCCAUACAAUCAACCCAUUAAUUUUCCUAAUCAAUUUCAAAACGGGUUUGUUUUAAAUGAACAACACAGAUCUUUGGAACAACCAAGACAACAAGGGAACAGUUUUUUUCCGAAUCAACGUCAACCACAUAGAACCUAUGAUUUUGUAUCACACAGUAGAAUAAGAGGUUUACCAGAAGGUCAAAACUAUUUUGCUAUGUAAUGGGUCAGUUAAAUAACGAUAUUUACAUAUUUUGUUUUCUUUAUUUUAAAAUAAUAUUACAACAUUAUAAAGAUAUGAAGAAUUUCAGAACAGAACUGCCUCCCUAAAUUUAACGAUUAUAAUGAACAUUUUUAGGUUUUUUAAACAUCUAUUAUGUUUUUAAGUUUUAAUCUGUUAUAAGGGAAAGUGGAAUAACUUUUAAAUAUAAACACAUAUUCGUGUCUGAAUUCAAUUACAAAUAUCGUAGACAAUGUGAUUCUUCCUCCUGAAAAUAUUUUCUUUUCUUUAGGUAUUCACAGUUUUUUCAUUAAACGCAUGUCAUAUUGAUCUUUAAAUAUAAUAUAUGAAAUUUGA